ACAACUACUCGCUCCGAAAUGGCCUCCUCUCUUUUGAUCCCACUGCUGCCAAUGUCUUCGCCGCUGUCGCCUCCUCUGCGGCCGCUCCGCAGCCCAAACGCCGUCCCGGUAAUCCUAACCCGCAAACCGAGAUCUAGGGUUCGUCGAACGCCCCCUCCCCCUCCCAAAGCCACCCCGCUGCCGGAGCCCGCGGCACUGCAGGACUCCCUCCUCAAUCUCGUUCGGGCGUCUCCGCCCACCUGGAAGUCUGCUGUUGCGAGCAAUCUCCUCAUCUUCGUCGUCGGAUCUCCGAUUCUCCUGUCGGGGCUGACUGCUUCUGGCAUCGGAGCGGCCUUUCUCCUCGGGACAUUAUCCUGGAGGGCCUUCGGGCCGUCCGGAUUUCUCAUCGUUGCUGCCUAUUUUGUUAUAGGAACAGCAGCUACAAAGCUGAAGAUUACACAAAAAGAGGCCCUUGGCGUGGCUGAGAAAAGGAGAGGAAGAAGAGGGCCAGGCAGUGUCAUUGGUUCUGGUGCCGCUGGUUGUGUUUGUGCAUUUCUAUCGAUAUACAAUAUUGGUGGUGCUGCAUCUGCAGCACUUUGGCAGCUAGGUUUCAUUGCCAGCUUCUGUACUAAGCUGAGUGAUACAGUUUCCAGCGAGAUAGGGAAAGCAUAUGGGAAGACAACGUACUUGGUCACAACAUUUAAGGUAGUUCCAAGGGGCACAGAAGGGGCUGUAAGUAUGGAAGGGACUGUUGCGGGUCUUUUAGCUUCAGUUCUUCUCGCUUGCAUUGGUUACUUUCUGGGAGAGGUGGAUCUACCACAAGCUGCUGUAUGUGUUCUAGCAUCUCAGAUUGCAAACUUUGGCGAGAGCCUAAUCGGUGCUACGCUACAAGAGAAGAACAGUUUUCAAUGGUUGAACAACGACAUUGUCAAUGUUAUCAACAUCUCUAUCGGUAGCAUUUUGGCAAUUUUGAUGCAGCAGUUCAUUCUGGGGCAUUAGCAGCUUUAACUAAGAUUUACUAAUAUUCCUAUUGUGUGUGCCGCUUUGGUGCCGAAGUAGUUGUCUGAGUAGCUCACAAGCACAUAUAAUCAAUAACACAACAGCAGCAGGAUGAAUGCAACGAGAAACGGUUAUGUGAAGCCACAAGGAAAGGUUGCUGAAAUGGAUCAGUUCUCGCCCCAGGUUGGCUCAUGUAGCUGUAUUCUUGAGAUAUUCAUCAUGUUUUCAUCACCGAACAAAAAAGGUGAGAAAAUCCAUAGAUUACGGCAGAGUUGCUCGACUUUCUGAUAAAGUCUAGUGAUUGCCUGAACAUCUAUGUAAUGAUCAUUCUGUUCUAUUCCCGAUCACUGCUGUUCAUGCCAGCAGUGAUUUUGUUGAUUAAAUCGACAUGUUUAUUAAGUGUAUUCAUCUGAUUUUUUUUGUUA